UUGAAGCGCAACUUUUGAAACGGAAACUCAAGUGAUACAACCAAUUCCUUACCUACUACUGUGUGACCUAAAAACAAAAACAAAAAACUUUGCCAAAAAAAAGAAAACAAAAGCUCUACUACCUCCAUCCACAACAACUAAGAGAACAACAAAUACAAACAAAAAAUCUAACAGAAAAGUAACCUAGAACAAUAAUAAUAACAACAACAAGCAACAAGAAAAAACAAAACAACAUUUAAACAAGUACAACAACUAAAAAAGUGCAUUACCAAUUGUAUAAUAUUUGCCAUCAAUACACUAAGACAACAAAAUGUUCAUCAAAACAACAACAUUGAGAAGAUUAAAAACCCAAACGACAGCAGUGAAAAUGAAAAGAAUAAAAUGGAAAUGGCAACACAAGCAAAAACUAAAACAACAAACACUACUACUACAACUACUGCAGCAGCAGCUAAAGUUAAAGCUGCAACAGGAAACGGAAAUCCAUACACUCAAAAUAUUAGCACAGUUAAAGAGAGAAAACUUCAAACAGUUAACUGUUUUAGAGAAAGCUCAGCAAGAAGAGCAAGAGCAACAGCAGCAUAUUGCAGUAAAAUUCAAAACAAUAAAACGGAAAUCAAAAUUUCAAAAUAUAAACAAAAAAAUUACCUAAAAUUUUUAAUAAAAAAUUUAUAUUUAAAAUUAAAUUUAAUUUUAUGCAUUAGUCAAAUAAAUAAAUCUAUAUUAAAACUUCAUAAAACUAAAAUAAAUACUAAUAAUAAUUAUAAUUAUAAUAAGAAACCGGAAACAGAAAAUUGUAUUAUAAAUUUACGACAACAACAACAACAUAAACAGCAGCUGCUAAUAACAAGUUUCAAAACAUUUACAUUUAAAUUUAAUAAUGUAUUAAACUUUUUAACAAAAUUCAACUAUUAUUGUAGCCCACAAACAACAAAACUAGAGAAAUAUGUUAAAAUAUUAUUAAAGUAUAUAUUACAUAAUAAGAUAUUAAAACAUUUUGUAGGAAUUUGCCCUAAAAGACUGAUAUCAUUAAAAAGAUUAAAACAAAUUCCUGAAAAUCAUGCCAAAAUAGAAAAUGAUAAUGAUGAGACAUUAACAAAACCAAGUUCAACAAAUUAUGCUAAACUAGAACGACCAUUAAGAAAAGUUUGUAAAUUACAAGGAUUUAAGAGAAAGAGUAAGUUAGUAAAUAAAGAGAGUAACGGAAAUUUUGCUAAAAGUAUACAUUCUAAAAGAGAAAAUGUGCUGUUGCAGUAUUGCCAACUUAUUGCUAAAGACACAAAAAAUAAUAAAUUGAAUUGCCAACUCAGGCCUUGUAAAGAAACGCACACAAGUUUGGUUCUGCAAGAACUAAAAACUCUACAAAAUCCUUAUCGUAAGGAGAGACCAAUUAGUAAAAAUCAAGAUCGAAAUCUCAAACAAAAGUUGAACGCAUUAGGAAAUGAAAAUAAAGACCAGCAGCAGCAAAUCAUAAAGGAAUUAAGUUCAAUAAAUCCACAAGAAGUUCCACAAGCGUUCCAAAUGAAAAGGAAAAUAGUUCCGGAGAUUUCGGAUAUUGUACAGAUUAAAAAGAAAUCGAAAUUCCUUAGUAGAGACUCACAUUCGCAAAAAGUUGCGGAGUUGCAGAAAGAGGCAACGAAACUUUUAAGCAGAACAUCACAUUCACUCAAAGAUUCAGAAUAUUCUCCUAAACAGCAUGAGGAACGAAAAGAUCAUCAAAGAGUUUCACAAUCUUUCCAAACGAAUAAGUAUAAAACUGUGUUAGGUCCGGAUAUUUUGGGUGUAGAACAGAUGAAAGAGGCAUUGGAACUUUUAAGCAGAACCUCACAUUCGCUCAAAGAUUCAGAAUAUUCUCCUAAACAGCAUGAGGAACUAAAAGAUUCACAAACUUGCCAAACGAAUAAGUAUAAAACUAGAUUAGGGCCGGAUAUUUGUGAUGUUGAACAGAUGAAAGUGGCAACGGAACUCUUGAGAAGAACCCCACCUUUGCCUGAGGAACAAAAAGAUCCUCAAAGAGUUUCACAAACUUUCCAAACGAAAUUAGUUCCAGAGAUUUGGAAUACUGCUUCGUUUAAUGAAACACUGGAACUUCUUAACAGAGUCUGUCAUUCGCAAAAUGUUUCAAAGUGUUCCAAAAAACCACAAACCAUUCAAUAUAGAAUUGGAUUAGUUCAGGAGAGUUGGGAUAUUGAACAGAUUAAUAAGAUAACUGAAGUCCGAAAACGUUCACAGCAAGAAGUACUAAAUGAACUCCCAACGAAAAACAUAAACUUAACGGAUUUGCCAGAUAAUAUGGAAAUUUCUCAACAACUAAAUCCUCAAGAUUCUACUGAAAUAUGUAACAAAUACAGAACGGAACACCGAAUUGGUCAUUCAAAAUUACAUGAAAUCUUUGAAUAUACCCAGGAAAAGAAAACAAAAACCAACAUGACUGUUUCAGAAACCCCAGACAAACAUAUAAAUUCUUUCGAAAACCAGGAUCCACAAACAGUUUUCCAAAUAAAUUCCUUGAAAAAUGGCGAACUAUUAAAAACAACUAAACACAAACUGGCAGAUAAUACCAAUAUUUCUAAACAAAUUCUUUUACACAACAAUAAUUUCCAUAAAAAUUCCAGACGCAAAGAAAGUAAACAACAAAAAUUUCUACAGAAAUGCCAACAUUUCCUAUCUACCAUUUUACUCUAUUAUUGUUGUAGUUGUUAUUGCAUUUGGCAUAUUUACGGAUUUCCGUUAGUGUUAGUAAAAAUUUUCAAAUAUCUUAAAGAUUCAACAGUGCAUGUGUUAACACGACGACGACUUAAAACAGUAACAACAAUAGCAUCAAGUAUAACAACAACAACAACAGCAGCAGCAGCAACAUCAAUAGUGUAUAACGAUAGUAACAUUAUUGCAGCAUGUGUUGGAAAAUUGAAAAAACCGACAAAAAUGGCAGACUAUAAGGCCAACAACCAACAAAAUGUUUUCAAAAGGCAGACAACACAUAAAACAACAGUAGCAACAACAAUAACAACAUUAAGGAAAGCAAAAACAUUUGUUGGUACUUGUGCAUAUACAUCGUCUUCAUGUUCAACAACAUCGUUAACAGGCUCUUCAGCAUAUAGCUCGUCUCCGGAGAAUUUAAUGUUAAUACAACAACAACAACAAUCCCAGCAAAUAUGGACGCCAUAUUGCCAUUAUCAACAGCAUCAUCAGCAGCAACCUCAUCUUCAUCAUCGACAUCAUCAUCAACAACAACAAGAACUAAAGCAACAGCAACUGUUACGUUGUUAUCAGCCGCAGUCAGUGCCGCCACUGUCUCAUCCACAGCCACAUUACAGUAAUUCCACUAACAGUUUUCUUCACUUACCACAGCCCUCGUUGUUGGCAUUUUCACGCACAUUGAUUAUACUGAUACUGUUGUCAUCAUUGUGGCACACAUCGGAAGGUUUUCAUGGCAGUGGUGUAAAAUUGAGCACAAAUACGGUUAAAACGAAGUAUGGUCUGGUGCGUGGCAUUGUUGUACGUUCAUCGCCAUCAUUAGUGGAAGCUUAUCUGGGCAUACCUUAUGCAUCGCCACCUGUCGGAAGUUUAAGAUUUAUGCCACCCAUCACGCCCUCAACGUGGAAAAAUGUACGUAAUGCUGAUCGUUUUUCCCCAGUAUGCCCACAAAAUGUGCCCAUACCACCUAAUGGUCCCGAAGCAUUGUUAGAAGUACCCAGAGCACGUUUGGCACAACUAAGACGUUUACUGCCGCUGUUGAGCAAUCAAUCGGAGGAUUGUUUGUAUUUGAACAUUUAUGUACCCUAUGAACAUCGAAGACAUAGACGUUUCACCACCAACAGUGGAGAAUUGAAUGACACACCAAAAUUACCCAUUAUACUUUUCAUACAUGGCGAAUCGUAUGAAUGGAAUUCCGGUAAUCCAUAUGAUGGUUCUGAAUUGGCUGCACAUGGAAAUGUUAUCGUAGUCACCAUCAAUUUUCGUUUGGGCAUAUUCGGUUUUCUAAAAACCGGUGGCAAAGAAAGUGCACAGGGUAAUUUUGGUCUUAUGGAUUUGGUGGCGGGUCUACAUUGGCUUAGAGAAAAUUUACCUGCUUUUGGAGGAGAUUCUCAGGCUAUAACCUUACUGGGACAUGGAACGGGAGCAGCACUAGCUAAUAUAUUAGUAGUGUCCCCAGUAUCCAGUGAUCUAAUACAACAUACUGUUAUGGUAAGCGGUUCGGCAUUAUCACCCUGGGCCAUACAAAAGAAUCCUUUGUUCGUUAAGCGUCGUGUGGCCGAACAGACUGGCUGUCAUGGCGAUAUGUUAUAUUACGAUUUGGCUCCAUGUUUGCGCACUAAAACGGUGGCCGAACUAUUAGCCGUUAAAAUCGAUCAUCCACGAUUUUUGGUCGGCUUUGCGCCAUUCAUCGAUGGCACUGUCAUAUCACCCAAUACAGAUUCUAUCGGUAAAUUAUCACUGCCUUUGGGUUCAGCUAUAGUUAGUACAUCAGGAAUUGAAUAUGCAAAUUUUCCUAAACGUAAUCUUAUAUUUUGUCUUACAUCGGUGGAAUCACAUUUAGACUUGAGCGCCCAAGACUUGGAAUUUGGUUUCAAUGAAACUAGACGUGAUCGUAUCUUAAGAACAUAUGUACGUAAUAAUUUUCACUAUCAUCUAAAUGAAAUAUUUGCAGUACUGAAGAAUGAAUAUACCGAUUGGGAUAAGGCCAUACGUAGUCCCUUAAGUUCUCGCGAUGCCACAUUGCAAUUUUUAAGUGAUGGUCAUACGGCUUCCUCCCUAAUCAAAUUGGGUUAUAUGCAUAGUUUAAGAGGAGGCCGGGGUUACUUUUUACAUUUCAAACAUCGCACCGUAGAAGAAGAAUAUCCUCAGCGAACUGGUUCAGUGCGUGGUGAGGAUGUACCAUUUUGGUUGGGUUUACCCAUCUCACCUCUAUUUCCGCAUAAUUAUACAACUCAGGAGAAACAAAUCAGUCGUUUAAUGUUAAGAUAUCUGGCUAAUUUUGCUAAAACGGGUAAUCCAAAUCAAUCAUCUCUAUCAACAUCUGGCCAACCUUCUUCGUCUUCCUUGAUUGGUUCACCACCCUCGGCCUCAUCUGCAUCUUCUUCAGCGUCCUCAUCUAGUAGUCAAACUGCCGAUGAUUCUCAUGAAAAAGUUAAAAGGUCAUCAUUUAAUAUUGUAAAUGCCACUUCAUCGUCGUCAUCAUCAUCAGCAUCACAAUCCAGUGGUCCAAUUAAAAGUAAUGCCAUUGUAGUUGACGUUGAAACUGCCGCCGCUAGGGAGGCUCUCAACUUGGCUGUGCUCUAUAAUCAACGUCGUACCAAACGCACUUAUUAUAAACGUCACUCUCGUAGUAAUGAUGAUCAUAGUGGUAGUGCUUCCAGUGAAGUGAACUAUUUUUUAAGUCUCAACAACAACAACAAUAACAAUAAUAAUAAAUUAGAUGGCGAUGAACUGCCAUUCUGGGAUGCCUAUGACGUUGUAAACCAAUUGUAUAUGGAAUUGGGUAAUAAAGCCGAAAUCCAAAGUCAUUACAGAGGUCACAAAUUAUCCAUGUGGUUGAAUCUCAUACCACAACUCCAUAGACAUGCCAACAUGAAUGAUCAGUCCAUGAGACAUCAUCAGUUCCAGGAUGAUUUAAAUAAUUUGAAUUUAUAUGAAGGAAUUGUUAGAGCUCAAAUACAGACCAAGCCGGAUGAUGACGAUGAAACUAUAUUGCUGCCAAAGGGAAGACCAACUCCACCGCCAGUUGUACAAGAAACUAAUACUACACAAAAGCCCAAUGGAGGCACUACAGAAUGUGGAGUGGAUGGUGCCAUGUUUGUGGCGGAAAUGACUACAGUACCACCAUCCGACAAUCGUUCUUUGGUUUUGGAUAGUCGUGAAAAAGAAAUGGCGACCGCUUCCACCGGUCUCAUAGGUAAUCUAGAAGUCUUAAGACGUUUAAGUGGUAAACAAUUUCAAAGUUAUACUACUGCUCUAGUAGCCACCGUGGCUGUGGGUUGUUUCCUGCUCAUACUCAACAUCUUGAUAUUUGCUGGCAUCUAUCAUCAGCGUGAAAAACGUGCCCGUGAUGCUAAAACUAAAGAGGAAUUACAGGAUAAUGAUACGAGUAAAAAUUCGAGUAUGUUGAAAUUGAAUGCCCUGGGCAGUGAAACGGGUUCGUUUAAUGGUAGUGGUGCAGGUGUUAGUGGAAAAACAACGGUAGUGUUUGGCGAAUAUAGCUGUUAUGAUGAAAAGUCUUUGCAGACUAAAGAUGAAAAACUCAUGGUAGAAUUACCACCGCCUCAAAUGAUAGAUCCCAAUUGGCCCGCUUGUUCCACCAGCACCUUGGAUUUAUUGAAAACUAAACAUCAUACACCUCUCGACACCACCUACACUCUUAGUAAUGUAGUGCCCAUUAAUACGGAAUCACAAACAGACCACAUAAUGGCAGUCAAUGCUAUGGAAAUGUCCACCUAUAAUCCUUUGCCUAUGACUUCCGGUUUGAUAAUAGAUCCCACUUUAGCUGCUACUGCAACAUCGUCAUCAGGUUUACUAAGUAAACGUGGUUCAUUUGUGGGUUCAGCGGGUCAAUUGAAUCAAUAUGAUUUCGCUUCGGUACAGUCUUCAGAUCAAAUGUCCUUUAAGGAUAUAGAAAAUGCGGUUAAAGCUUCGGCUACAAUGGAUGAUGAUAUAACACAUGAUGAUGAUAUACCAGAGCCACCACCACCACCAAGAUCAUUUCAUAAUAUGCAACAACAACAACAGCAGCAACAACAACAACAGCAGCAACAACAACAACAACAGGGAGGAGCAGCGGCUAGUGGGAGUGGUGGGGGUAUAUUAAGACAAGCCGGUACCACAUCGUCCACUCAGACGGGAGGAGGUAAAAAACGUGUACAUAUACAAGAAAUAUCUGUCUAAAUUUAGUGAAAUGAAAACUAAGUUAAUAAUUUGUUUAUUUUUUUUUUAAUUGCAUAUUUAUUGGAAGAGUAAGAGUAAAGAGCAGUAUUCCAUGAAAAAUUAUUAAAAAAAUAUUCCUUGAAAUAGAAAUUUUCUAUAAUAAAAUACAACUUUCUCUAAAAUUUUCU